AGGCUUUAGACAAUUCGCGGAUAGUCGCGUUAUUGAGCGUCUCGCGGACGGGUGAAAAUAGUAUAAGCGCUCGUGUCUGUGUACCUAUACCUAUCACGCACAUUUUUUGGCAAUUCUCGGACGCAUCUCGCUGUGACGUUUUUUUUAUUCUCGUUCUUCUUCUGUUGUUUGUGCGACACACUCGAUCACGAGCGCUCGAGUCAACGCAAUCGGUCAAAGAAUUACGGAUCGAAAAAGGAACAACCAUGACGCGACCACCCAACAACGUUAAUCUGGUGACGUACAAAUUGGUCGUCGUAGGUGAUGGUGGUGUCGGCAAAAGUGCUCUCACCAUACAGUUUUUUCAAAAACUAUUCGUCACGGAUUACGAUCCCACUAUCGAGGACAGCUACAUUCAGCACACCGAGGUCGAUAAACAAUGGUGCAUUUUGGAUGUUCUGGAUACAGCUGGCCAAGAAGAGUUCAGUGCCAUGAGAGAACAAUACAUGCGCAAGGGCGAUGGAUUCUUAUUAGUUUAUUCAGUCACGGACAAACAGUCGUACGAAAAUAUCGUCAAUUUUUUCACACAAAUUUUACGCGUAAAAGACAGAGAUGUUUACCCGAUGCUUCUCGUUGCCAAUAAAGUUGAUUUGGUACAUCUGAGAAAAGUUACCGAAGAGCAAGGAAGGGAGUUGGCGCACAAAUUGGGAAUUCCUUACAUCGAGACUUCAGCGAAAGAUCCACCUUUAAAUGUAGAUGCUGCGUUCCAUGAGGUUGUACGGAUCAUCAAAAAUCAACAACCAGCAGAGUCAGACAAAAACCGAAGAAAGCGACGACGCUCAGGAAAAUGUACCAUUUUAUAAAUGGUGCGAAGAUGCUCUAAUUUUAUCAAAACAAACGAACGUCAAAAAUACAACGAUCAAAUCGUUUACGAUAAGUUAUGUCACCCUCACAAAAGUGUAUUAUAGUUUUUAUCAUUUUUUCAAAGAAAGUUCAUUCUCUAUUCUAGUCUUUGUGAUAUGACUUAUGCAUUUUAAUACGUUUCUUUUUUGACGAAGCCAAUUGUUGCGUACAUUAUUUAGUACGCAAUGUUCUUACUAUUAAAUUAAUGACUACAAAUUUAUUUUUACUAUCAAUGUAAAAAUGACUUGCUAUAGAUGAUAUUAAUUUGUUUUAAUGUUAUGCAUGCACAAAAUAGAUUUAUUUAUUCCAGUUAAAUAUACAUUUAGUUACAUAGUCUGUGAAUGAAAUUUCACAGAUCAUUCGUUAUCUGAUUAUCAUCGAAGAAGUAAAUUCCCCAAAAAAUUGUGGAUGAAUGUUUAUUAAAUAUAAACUCAAAAACUAUUGCUUUCAAAGCUUGAUCAUACGUAAAACGAUUUUUUAAGAUUUUAUAAUCGUCUACUCUAUUCAUGGAUUAUCGAUGUUUCGCAGAAGACUCAAUCGAUAAUCAAAAAAGUGUACAAUUAAAUUUUAUUGAGAUUUUUUAACUGUCAGUGUGUGAUAGAAAAUAUACUUUGAUCGUAUGAGUCGACCCAAUCCGUCACUGUUGGUUGCAUGUGUGAGAGUGAUUUUGAAUUAUUUGAAAUUAAUUGAAAUGAAUUUUAUUGGUAUUGACUGCCUGAUAUGUUUAUAUUGUAAGUUAUAUAAAUCUUUUUAUACUGGAGAGUAACUCGAAUUAGAUAUGAGUCAAUAAAUAUUAUUUUUUAUGAAAUGUGCAACAAAAUAAUGAAAUACUCAGAUGUUUAAGCUCCUCUAUUAUUUACGUAUACAAUUUUGUAUGAUUUAUAUAAGUGUUACGAGUUGUCACACGCGAUAUCUACUAUGUCUGCUUAGUUGAACUGUUAUUUUCUCGUAUAAUCGAUGAGUGUGUUAGAAGUUAAGGCCUACACGAUGGAGCUUGGAUGACAUCGAAAUUCAUUUUGAAAUUAUUUUAUAAUAAAGUAUUCGUACAUGUCAAUACAUCGGAAUCGAUUUCGACAAUUUUUGUGUACUCGCGAACGUGCGGCGACAUUUUUGUACUAAUGCAGCAGUUUGUAUCGAUUUAGAAACGAAAGGAAACGAAAACUAAAACGAGAUGAUAUUAUUUAAUCGCAAAAAAACAAAUAAUUUUUUAUACCGAGGUCUGUGAUCGUUCCAAAGUGUAAAACGAUAUACGUACAAGAUGUUAUAUUACCUUUAAAGGUUCUGGUGAAAUAGCUAUACAUGAUAAAAAUUGAAACAAUUUUGCUACACGUCCUCAGUGACGAAGCACGAAACACACACAUUGAAAUGCAUGACUAUGCGAUGUUGUUUAUGUGUAAGAUAUUAUGCUGCGUAAAAAGCUCAACGUAUACAAGCGAACAUUUAUAGUGUGAGAGUUGCCGUCCAUAUAUAACUUAAAUGCCAACCAUCAUCGUAUGUUUUUGAAGGCAGCUUUAUUCUUUUUCUCGCUAUGCAUUUUUCUGUAUCAAUAGAAACUGGUUAGUGAUAACGUAAAAAAAACUAUUACUGUUAAGCAGAAGUAAAAUAAUUUUGAUGCAAUUUUCAAGGUAUUUUUCAGAUAAAAAAAUGGUCCAUCAAUAUGUGUGUUUUAAUAAAAAUUGUUUAUGGCAAAAAAAUAGUCUGAUAGUGAAAACACGAUUUAUCAGUGGUCUAUCUAUAGAGACUAUAGUUGAAAGAUGAAAAUUAAAUUAUGAAUUGAAAAAGUUCGCAUUUCAUGUUUUAUAUGUAGAACAAAAUCGAUAAUGUUAUAUAAAUAUAUAGCGGUGUGAAAAAUUGUCAUUCUCGUGAAAAAAAAUAAUACUUUUUUUGUAGAAAUAUUUGUCUGUGCGGGUCACUUCGUAUACGUAAUUAUUAUAUACAACAUAUGCGAUAUCUAUAAAAAAAAUUUUAACCAAUACACAAAGAAAAAGCUGUAUAAUGAGUAAACGUUGAAUAAAAUUAAAUGUAUUGCGAAA